UAGUCAGCUGACUUCAAAGGAUCCGAAAUACAAAGUGGGAGGAUCGACUUGACAGGAAUGCUGGAUUCAGUGCUCGAUCUUCCCGAGUUAAAAGUCAUAGGAAUUAUGCAAAGUUAAUAUUCAUUCUAUAGAAAUCAGGAAUAAUUCAUGCAUUUGAAAAUGAAAUAAACAAAGUUAAUUUGAGAGAUGUGAUAUGUCGGAAAACCAGGAUCAAAGGAAGAGGGAAGAAAUUGAAAAAUCUUCUAAUAACUCGGAUAGUGACGAGGAACAGCAACGUAGACCACUACUUCCGCACAGUAAUGAACUAAAAAUUAUGGCAGAGAACAACGAACAACCAGAUAACAAAGAAAAUGAUGAGGGAACAGCAGAAGAACACAGUCGUCCUGAGCUACGACGAGUCUCCUCAUAUUAUACACCCUAUCUAGAGGACAGGCUGCGGAGGAAACUCAAGUUUUAUUUCAUGGGACCACAUGAAAAAUUUAAAGCAAAGAAGAAAUGUCCAUGGAAGAUGUUGCUACAGAUCUUGAAAAUCAUCAUUGUCACAAUACAGUUGGUUAUAUUUGGAUAUGAGAGAUCAGAGUUUGUGGGAUAUGUAGAGAAAAACAACUUAGCCCUGAAACACCUGUAUUUGAAGAAUUGGGAACCAGGUUUCGAGACCAUGCCUUAUCCCCCAGCCACGGGGAAGUAUGCCCUCUACGACAUUCCAACACUUGUCGACUAUAUCAACAAUGCAGUGAAAAAGUUCUACAAAACAGAAGAACAAGCCUUAGGGUCAGUGAAAUUUGUUCACAAUAGCGACGGCACUAUCAAACCGAUGUCUUUCUGCAGUAUCCACUAUCUCAAGGGGGAAAUUUUUGAGAACAAUAAUACCUAUUCCUUGGAUUCACAAACAGUUACAAGUUGUACAGAUCUCAUUCUAAAUGGCAACGAUUUUGAUAUACUAGACUAUCUGAAAAAUAGAAAUGUGUCUCUGAAAUUUGACAGGAUUUUGAAAAUUGAGCUGAGGUUUCACCUGAAGUCAUACCAUUUGGAUAUUGAUAAUGGCCUAACAGCUCCGGAAUGCUUUCAUGUAAAGGGAAAGGUGGUGUAUGACGACAGUUCAAGGAACGGCCAGAUGUUGAUAGACCUCAUUACUACUCUACAUGAAUUUGACUGCACCGGAGAGUAUUCAUUCCAAGAGGCUGAGUCUCAGGAACGGAUAAAAAACACAAUUUUUGACAUCUUUGUGAUACUGGUCAGUGUGCUGUCCAGUAUACUGUGUAUACGGUCAGUCGUGAGAGGUCUCCAGCUACAGAAGGAAACAGUAACCUUUUUCAAGAAACGCUACAGAAAAGACCUGCCCACUGCCGACAAGCUGGAAUUUGUUAACUUCUGGUACUUAAUGAUUGUCCUCAAUGACAUUUUAUCAGUUGUGGGAUCUUCACUGAAAAUUACCAUUGAAAACAGGGUCUAUGCACCAAAGGUCAAGGUCAGGCAUGCGUCAAGCUCGUCGGAUAACUACGACCUAUGUGGACUGAUGUUAGGUACGGGAAACCUCCUGGUCUGGCUCGGAGUCUUACGAUAUAUCGGCUUCUUUAAAACUUUUAAUAUUCUGGUGAUCGUACUGAAGAAGGCCUUCCCUGAUAUCAUUAGAUUCCUUGUGUGUGCCCUCAUCAUCUACUUUGGCUUUAUGUUUGCUGGAUGGGUUGUACUUGGGCCAUACCACAUAAAGUUCCGUCAUAUAAGUACAGCAUCCGAGUGUUUGUUUUCUCUCCUCAAUGGCGACGACAUGUUUGUGACGUUUUCGGCAACAGUGACAGACAACAAUCUUGUCUGGUACUACAGUAGGAUAUACCUGUACCUGUUCAUCUUACUGUUCAUCUGCGCUGUACUGAACCUCUUCACAGGUGUUAUACUGGACACCUACGAAAUAAUCAAGGACUACGCUAAAGAUGACUCGUUCCCCAAAAGUGCCUUAGAUCUGUUUAUAGAGGAGUGUGAUGACCCUCCCUCCUCACACGCCUACAGACGGGAGGAUCGUAGCUGUAACCCAUUGUCCUGUCUAUGCUGUUGUAAUAGGAGUGACCCAGACAGACCAAACGAACACACUGGCCUCCUGAACUAAGUAUAUCAUUAUAGAUGUGAUCCACACAUGACUAAUUAUAAACAAAGAUGGACUGUAGACAGACUUGAAGAGUGCAUCAUUAGUUCCAAAAGAAGGACCUUAUUUAUCAGUUAUUCACGGAUACCUCGGUCAUCAGAAAGUUGUUCUCCACUGACUCUAGAAAUACUUCACAUUUGUUCAGUGUGAACCUGUUUAUCUGUGUUGCUGUUGAGUAUUUAUAUGUAUUUUAGAGAGUGAAGUGUACAGAAAUGAAGAAGUCCUCAGAUGGUUGAAACUGAACACUGCAUAGUUCUGUACAGUGACUGAAAUUAGCACCGUUGUCAAUCAUACAGAAAAAAACUCAGUUUUUACAUUUUACCUAAUUGAGUGUUAAAUAUUGGUACAUACCAGUUUUGUUGUCCAAUAGACCAAUUUUUGGAUAUGUACAUAAUUGUAAGUGCUAAAAUGAUUUAUAUCGCAUUAUAUUGAAAUCUGUUAAGUGCUAAUUACAAUACAAAAGUAACUGAAAUUGAUUAAUUUCAUAUAUGAAAAAACUAAUUUAGUCCUAUCACUGUUUUAUUAACAAAAGUUUUGGAAAUCUUACAUGAUAGAUUAUAUAUGCUGAAUUACAUCACGAAAAGAUAUCAGUUUGAGAAUCAUACACAGAAAAAAAUUGAACAUUUUUGUGUGUAGCUAUCAAACUAUAGUCUGCCGUGGUGGAUCAAGGCAAAAGUGGAAGUCAUACCCCUCCUUACCAGCCUGAAAAAUGUCCUUUGUUCCAUCAAAUGUUACAGUUUUGGGUAUUAUUGGAGGUGAUCAUCCAAUAUCAGACUUGGGGGAGAUAAAAUGAACGUCUGCAAGUUUUAGAUCCCUUCCUGUAAGAAGUCCUGGAUUGUCACCUACCUGCUUAUAGAUGUAUCAUAAUCCAUUCUUAAAUUCUUUGGUUUUCAAAGUAAAUAUUGUUUAAAAAGUUGUUUAUUUAUAUAUAUCAUAAAAGUUGUAUGGUCCAUGCAUUAACAAGAAAUGGCUAAUAUACAGUGUAAAUGUAGUAAAUGUCUCAGUGGUAUUAUAAGUUCUGUCUGUCCUCAUACAGUUAUUGUACAUAUAGAAAUGGCUAAUAUACAGUGUAAAGGUAGUAAAUGUCUCAGUGGUAUUAUAAGUUCUCUCUUUCCUCCUACAGUUAUUGUACAUAUCUUUCAUCAAACAGACGCAUAAAUCAAAACAAACAGUGAUAUAUGUUGUCGUAAAAUACUAAUAAUUACGGUGUAUAUGAUCUGUGACAAAGAUCUAGAGUCAGUAAAUAGAUGAAUGUGACAAUUACGGUGCUAACAAGAAAUACUUAUGGAGGUCCAUUUCUUUUAAUUUCUUUUAAGUAUUUACAAUAUCUGGGAAACAAACAGUGUUAUCCCUUAAAAUCUGUGAGUUUUGAUGCAUAAAAUAUUUUCUGUUUCAAGCUGCACUCAAAACAUUUCUUUUUGUAUUUUUUUUACAUUGUUAUAAUUGAAUUUUGGUGUAUAUUACAUUUAAACUGAGCUAACUGAAAAAUGAAUGGUUUUAUAUUGUUCAAGCUGCCUUCCAUCAACACAUGUCAUAAAACAUGUUGUUUUAAUCAUUGUUUUUAGUUGUAUAAGUUGUAUUGUGUUGUGAAUCGCGUACAAAGGUACCAGGUACUCGGUACAAUAAAACCUAUUGAUAAGUCUUAAGGAUCCCUGUACCAAUGCUAAAAACUCUUAACUACAAAUUAGAAACUUUUUUACAUGCAUGACAAUUGCUACAAUAAAUCAUUUCUGAAAAGAAACCGAAACAUUUCAAAGUGUUCAUAAAAAAAAUAGGAUAAAACCCUGACUGGGAGUUGAACCCUGUGCCUCCGAUCACAAUAAAGUUGCUGUAACGAUCAGAGCUAGCUUAUCAACUGUAGUUCCCUGGCCAAUAUUUCCAAAAUAAAAUGAAAAAGGAGUUACUGUAUGUAUGGAACAUUACUGUGGAAUUCUAUUGUGUUGGCCUGCAGUGGGGCAGGGAUCCUUAAAAGCUGAUGUAGUUAUAACUAACAUGUUAAGAAGUCAUCAGGUUGUUGGGAUGUCUCUGUGUUUGACACAUGACUACCAUGUUAUAUGUUGUGAUGUCUCUGUGUUUGACACAUGACUACCAUGUUAUAUGUUGGGAUGUCUCUGUGUUUGACAUAUGACUACCAUGUUAUAUGUUGCGAUGUCUCUGUGUUUGACAUAUGACUACCAUGUUAUAUGUUGGGAUGUCUCUGUGUUUGACACAUGACUACCAUGUUAUACAGUGAAUACACUCCUGUGAUAUGUUUGUAUGUAUUACCUCAUGUAAUAAAACACUAUGUGACAUCAUAACUAAGACAUUAUGACAUUUCCUUAAAUACAAUAGACGUGAAGUCAAAAUGACAGAAAAAGUCUAUGGUCAGUUUGCAGAGAUUGCUUGUUUAAUAUUUGAUUACUUGCGUGAUAAUGUCAUAAAAAAGCUCUCGAAAUAAUUCCUAUGGCACAUGAGAUUUAUGAAAGUAGUUUUCAUUUUAUUUAGGUUCUGUGGAGCUAAAACAUAAGUAUGAGUUUUGCAAAUCUCACAUGAAAUGAAAACUGCUCUAAAAUUCUACAUAUUUGUAUGUGUAAAUUGCAGAGGAGGAUGCCAUAGCUGAAUGCUUUAGCGAGUCCUCACAUAUAAGAAGGAUGCCCAGUUUAAAUUCCUAAUGCAGAGGAAAUCAUAGAUAAGAGAUACAUAAGGUGCCUAGUUCAAUGCUUUAGUUGGCCCUUACACUUAUAUUAAAUAUUUUGUUGGAAAUUAGUUCAGGAUCGUGUGAUCAUGAAAUUAUUUACGGACAUUGAUGCCUUGUGCCCUUAAUAUAUUGUAUGUAACAGGGAUGUACCAGAAAAUAUAUUGUAUGUAACAGGGAUGUACAAGAAAUGUACCAGAAAAUAUAUUGUAUGUAACAGGGAUGUACCAGAAAGAUAGGAUGUACAAAUGAAAACAAUGUAAUGAUAAAUUAUACAAACUUGGAAACUGUUUUGAAAUAUUUACAUAAUUGUUAAAACAAUCUCGGUAUAACACUCAUUGUAACAGUUGGAUAACAGAGCCAAGUUCAAUAGGACCAAUGUAUUUUACCUAAAGAGCAGGGUGAAACAAAACUGAAAACCUAGUUACUCAUAGUCGCUAUUUUAUCCCAAUACAGGGCACAAGGUCUCCGAGUUAGGUGAGAUAUGGUGUAAACAGACCAUGUCAGGGUUCAUUAAAGUAUAAUUUGUCGCUCCAUUGCAGUACUCGUCAGCAAAAGAAUUUGUGUUUUUGUUAUAUGUACACCAGAAAAAAGUUAUGAUUUAAUAUAUUUAUAUACAUUGAGUUGUAGUGUGUUGUGCUCUUGUGAAUGAAUUAUAACAUGCUUCCAUAUUUGCAAUGUACUAUUGUCUUGUUACGCUUCACAAUGAAAAAUAAAUGACUUGCUGAAAACUAUAUUCAAAUGUAGUACACAAUUCUAUCUACUGAAUGUUGUAAUGUUGUAAAUAAGUAGCAUGUUGAUGGUGUAGCACAUUUGUAUCCUUAUAUAUUUACAAUGUAACAUUUGUAUCCUUAUAUAUUUACAAUGUAACAUUUGAAAGCAAUAUUCUUCAAUGUAUUGCAUUGGAGUACAAUGUUUUACAAUAAAGGACAUUUGAAUAUGAUAUUUUACAAUGAAGUACAUUGUACAUUGUAUGUAUCAUUAGUUCAUUUGUUUAACAAUACAUAUUAUAGUUCAAUGUUUGAUAUCUAAACUACAUGUAGUUACAAACAUGAAUUUAAUGAAAAGCAUUUAAGUGACAGAUCUUAUAAGUGAUUGGUAUAAUUUGAAUGAAAAUGUCAUUAACUGUUUAGGUUGCAGCAUAUGUCCAAUCAGUUAUAACAGUAUAUGAGUAGCCACUCACUGAUUGUUCCCUCCUGGACUGGACAUUCUUCAUGGUGAGACAAAGUUAUUUUGAAAUAUCACUUGAAUAUCCAUAUAAAUGUUCAAGUAUGUUUUGUUUGUAUUGAGGUUGGGGGGAGGGAAGGGGCUGGUUAGGAAGAAGAUGUGACACUUUCCAAAACAAUGUCAUUUUUUGGUUUAAAAAACAAUGUUCAUGUAGUUUUCAAUUCCUACGUCUAGACAACCACAUAUUCCCAUAAACAGAAAGUCUCACACCUGAAUCAUGGUAGUGAGGAGUUUAGACGAGUGUUCAUUGUAGGCUGUGUAUUCCAACAGAACAAACUCUGUAGACUUAUUUCUGCAACAUUCCAUGUAUCUAUGUGACUACAUUUUGAAAAGCUAGUGAUCAGCCAUUGCUAUCCACAAAGCUUAUUUUACAUAUCUAGAUGCAUAAAAUUCAUAGAAGGCAUUUCAGUGAUAUCUUUCAUAGACACAUGGGGCAUUACAACUGGAAUUGUCUGCAGAGAACAUAGAACCAAUUCACAAACAGGAAAUAACUGUUGUUGACAGGUGGCUUCCUUUACCUACACUCAAAGCAUAUCCUAAUCAACUUGAUGAUUUGACUGUCAUCUCAGUGUACAUGUGGUUUACUGGUCAUUUUUCUGAUAAAGAUGACUGCACUAGGCAUUGAAAUGUCACAUGUACACAGGUCACUGGCUGUGCUAUAUGACCCUGUAUACAGUAUAUAUUUACUAACCUGAAGAAAGUGCUGCUUCCAAGUUGACAUUGUUGUUUACAGAGAUGCAUCAGUAUCACCGGCAUUCCUGAUUGGCCAUUCUGAUAUCUCAAUCUAUAUAGACAAACAUGUGUUUAUAUGUAUGUACCACCUAUCCUGUUCCUUGUUAUCUAUUCCCUGGAAUAUUGUGAAUCAUGUCAGUUGUUCAGCAAUGCUGAUGGGGUAUUUGCAAUGAUCUUGUAAAUGUAACUUGUAUAUUGUAUAUAUACAGUCAAAAAGGGCUUAACUGUGAUAUUGUGGAGUCUAAGAGAUAAUUAAUAAAUACACAAAGAUACAUAGAAAUUGAAGGAAUUAUUGAAAACCUUUUACCCAUGUUUGACUGUAUAUAAUGUAUCAGUGUGUGUGUGAUGCCAGGGUAACAUGUUUGACUGUAUAUACUGUAUCAGUGUGUGUGUGAUGCCAAGAUAAUGACUGUAUAAAAUGUAUCAGUAUGUGUGUGAUGCCAGGAUAACAUAUGCUGCUUCUAUGACAUGCUCUUGCCAAAUAAUUUUUUAAAUAAAAACGUCUACUGCA